GUGUCGCCUUCGUAGGUGAAAGUUCAAGGGUCAGCGCACAUCACGUUUCCGUGAUCACGUACGUGAAGAAAUCUGCUCCUAAAAACUGACAAUCAAACGGGAAUCAAAGUGUUCAAGUUAUCAUCAGGUUAAUCUGAUCUUUUGUGCCUCAACGAGAAAACCAGGAUGUCUGCAGAAAGUACUGAGACAAAGAAGGUGGUUCGAGUGGGGACAAGAAAAAGUCAGCUUGCCAUGAUCCAGACCAACAGUGUGGUGGCAUCCCUCAAGAAACUGUGUGAUGAUGUAGACUUUGAAAUAAUUUCUAUGUCAACCACGGGUGACAAGAUUCUUGACACGGCCCUCUCAAAGAUAGGAGAGAAGAGUCUGUUUACAAAGGAGCUGGAGAAGGCAUUGGAGGAUGGACGGGUAGAUUUUGUGGUGCACUCAUUGAAGGACCUUCAGUCAACUCUUCCUCCUAAUAUGGUUAUUGGUGCUGUGCUGGAGAGGGAGGAUCCCUACGAUGCUGUUUUGAUGCACCCCAAACAUGCAACCAAACACCUGUCAGAUCUGCCAGAGAACAGUGUGAUAGGGACCAGCUCAGUGAGGAGAGUUGCCCAGCUGAAGAGGAAGUAUCCACACCUGAAGUUUGAGAGUGUUCGAGGAAAUCUGAACACGCGUCUGCGGAAGUUGGACGAGGAUGAGGUGUACAGCGCUCUGGUGCUGGCAGCUGCGGGGGUGAAACGGAUGGACUGGGAGAGCAGGAUCAGUCAGACAUUACUGCCUGAUGAGUGUCUGUACGCUGUGGGACAGGGUGCCCUUGCAGUUGAAGUCCGUGCCAAUGACUCCAACACCCUCGACCUGGUGUCCAAACUGAACCAUGAGGAGACACUGCUGCGCUGUGUGGCAGAGAGGGCACUACUCAGGGAGCUGGAAGCAGGUUGCAGCACACCAGUGGCUGUGUACACUGAGAUAAAAGACAAGGAGCUGUACCUGACAGGUGCCGUCCUGAGUCUGGAUGGUUCAGAGUGCCUGAAGGAGACCAUGCAGACAUCUCUGUCAGACACACAGACACAAGAGGAUUCCUCCUCAGAAGCUCACCAACACUACGUGAGUGUGGUGGCACAGACCAUUUCCCAUCAGGCCAUGCAGGCUGCAGAGGAUAUUGGGAUAGACAUGGCCAAACUUUUGAUCAGUAAGGGGGCAGGGGACAUCUUGGCUGUUGCUAGGCAACAAAAUGCAGGAGGCGAAAAGAAGUGAAUUCUUCUAUGAUAUUGUCUUUUUAAGCGGUAGAUUUUUGCCCCUAAAAAUCUUGGUGAUAUGAAGUCAAAGGAUUAAGCCUUUGCCAUUACUGGUCUUCCUGAGAGAACAGAGAAAUGGACCAAAAGUUCAAAAUGUGUGUACUAGUAUUUUUCCUAAAGCAAUAUUAUCCAGAACACAUAACUUUGAGAAGGUACUGAAGUUUUCACAGUAGGGAUGCUGAAUUUCAGCAACGUGUGAAAGUCAAAACCAUUCAAAGUGCCAAAAGUGUCAGCCUUCGCUCUGUUUCUUCUUCUCCAAAUGCAUAAGGUCAAUGACCUGGACCAGAUGGCUGUCACCAUGGUAACUGGUGCUGUAGCACUCCCUGUGGUGUUGGGUUACAUUAUGUAGUAAGUUGCAGGACAGAGUUGGAGAGGCAGGUCAUCAUGUAUGUGAGCAGUAGUUUACUAGGCUAGACCUAGAGAAGUUGUCACUGCAAGGUAGUAGUCACAUAUCAUAUGCUCAAUCAACAAAAAGUUUCACUAUCAAUUGUGUUGGAAGCUGUUUAACCAUAGGAGCAUUCUCUACAGUUAGGAAAAUACAGAGUCACAUGUUUCUGUAACAGCUAUUGAGGAUGUUUUAGGCUUUAGAUUAUUGCAGAUUUUUAAUAAUGUUAUGAUAGAGUCAGAUAAACACAAUUUCUUGACUAGUGGCAUUUUAUGUUCAGUAAUAUUCAGAUGAUGACUACCUGUUGCUCUAUUGUGCCUUACAAUACUAUGUAGACCAUGUGUGGUCCUAGAAUGUAGAAAUAGAGUAAGUCAACUUUAUUGAAAAUUUGGGCUUAUUAUAUAUUAAUCAAGAUGCUAAAAAGUAUAGUUUUUUAAUUGCAAUAAUAGUGGUCAAUUUGAGUGCAUUCUGCAGUAUUGCACUCUUCUACAUCAAAACCAUGCAAUAAAACAUAUACUAAGAAACUGCCCAAGCUUUGUCCAUCAUACAUUAGCAACUAGGUGUCCUGGCUGCUUCUUGAGGGCUUCUUUUAGAGGGGCAAGACUCCUUGGCCACAGAAUCAUAAAAGUAUCGUAAGAUGACACUUUAUUGCUGUAAAAUAAACUCUGCAUGUUUGUUGCAUAUUCGUGGUAUGCAUGUGUAAACAUGUAAAUAUAUCGUACAGUGAGUCACGCAUACUAUUCUAUAUCUAGUAUUUGUACACUAUAAUGAACACCAACUUUCCACUAUAGGCUGUGACCGGAGCGACCAAAGAUUUGAAAGACCGCUCAAUGAAUUACAUAUUUAAACGCUU